GUUGGCAUAGUUUCACACUCCUCAGUAAUGUGGCUAUGUCAACCUAAAAUUUUAAAUGUAGACCAAGCCAGACAAAGGGUGAGAGAAAGGAAAUAUUAUUCUCCCCAUUUUAUAAAUCAGAAGUACAGGGAGUCUGAUUGUCUUGCCCAACAUCACACAAGUUGUCUGUUGCAGAACUGGGCAUUGACUCAGACCUGAAUCUCAGUCUUGUGCCUUAAAUGUAAGUUCAUACAUCAAUUAUUUCAGGAAGUGUAGUUGCUUGUGGUAACUCCAAUCUGUUUCUGCUGUGAUGCACAAGAUAUUAACACUCUUGGCUGGCAUUGGUUAGGCAAGUGGCAAGAUGUGACUUCUGCUUUUCUGCAAAAUUGUGUUCACUUCAUAGCUAUUUCAUCCUCCACUUUGUUGGUCUGUUUUGCCCACCUAUUACAUCAGGGGUCCUAAUCCCAGACUGGGUUCUUGGUACUCCUGUGAAGCAAAUAAUGAUGAUAAUAACUGUUGUACGAGAGCCAAGGUGCAUACAUGUGACUGAUGUAUUAAAAAACAACAACAUGCAUUCAUUUCUCCUGUUAGAGACUGAAGGUAUGCAACUCUACUGAGUCAUGUGCCUUUUCUAAAUCCUGUACCAAUUUGGACAAAUGAAGUAGCCUCUUUACAUUUAUUUCUGUUGACCUUCCAGAAAAAGCCUGACAAGUCCUGAACCCAGUAGCGUAGCUAGUGAGGUACAGGGGAAGCAGCCACUUCCCCUCAGCACGCUUUCCAAAAGUGGCGUGCCUUAGUUAGGGGUUACCAUGGCGCCAACUCCGCUCUGAAGCUUGGCCUGCCAGCCGGUGCAGUACUCCUGCACACAAGGAAGGGGCUGGUCCCUGUGGUGGGGCAGAGUGGUGCUGGGCAUCGGAAGCAGAGAGCGGCGGGGCUGGUUACUGGUACCGGGAGCAGCAUGGAGCGGCCAUGAGAGAUUUGAUUGUUGCCAAGGUGCAUAAUGGAGCCCUUAACCCUUUCAGAGCCACAGCCUUCCCCACAAAACAGCUUGCCCACACCAGAAAAGACGUACCAUGUGCUGGUGGGUGUUACUGGAAGUGUGGCUGCCCUGAAGUUGCCUGUUCUUGUCUCAGAAUUGCUGGAGAUUCCUGGGCUGAAAGUGCGUGUGGUAACAACCGAGAGGGCAAAACAUUUCUACAACCCUCAGGAGAUUCCUGUAACCCUCUACAGUGACGCUGAGGAAUGGCAGCUGUGGAAAGGGCGUACGGACCCAGUCCUCCACAUCGACCUGAGGCGCUGGGCCGACCUGAUGCUAGUGGCUCCUCUUGAUGCAAAUACACUGGCAAAAAUAGCAAAUGGCAUCUGUGACAACUUAUUGACCUGUGUCAUCCGCGCGUGGGAUAUGACUAAACCCCUGCUGUUCUGUCCUGCUAUGAACACAGCCAUGUGGGAGCAUCCUAUUACAGCUCAUCAGGUGGAACAACUAAAGGACUUUGGCUACACAGAGAUCCCUUGUGUGGUGAAGAGGCUGGUGUGUGGGGAUGAAGGUGUGGAGAUGCAGACGUCAAACAUAAACCAAAAAGAACCUUUGGCUGUGCCCGGCAGUAUGCUGCAGGUCUUAGAAUCAACACGUUUGGCCACUCUGGAAAGCCUGGGGCAGCUGUUCCCAAGAGACUUUAAUGCUCCUUUUGAAAUUGAAAAUUAACUGCAUAAUGUGAGAAAGUUGGGAAAUCCUGACCAUGGACACCAGCCGUUAGACCUGCAAGGGUCCCACAGUUCAUCCUCCUUCUUUGAAAUGCGAUCCUUCCACCUGAAGGGGAUGGGAGUGGACUGGGGAGGGUGCUGCAGUCAGCAGACCACGGGGGUUUGUUUACAGAUACUAGAGUUUAUUUUUAACUAGUCACAAUCAAAUAUAAGGCCUUCUGUACAGAACCUACAUAUUAGGCAACCUUUGAGCUCCUUAGCAUGAAAGGUUAUCAUGGAGUGUUUAGUUUCCUUAUCGAUGCUACACAAAUAAAAAGGCUUCUGAACUUUCCCACUUUGGCUUCUUUACUGAUGUAGAGCAGGCCCCAUGGGGACCCAUAUUUGCUGAGGAUAAAGACAGAUGAGAGUCUAAUGUCACAGCCUUAAGGGUAGCAGGGAUGUUGGGCUGGGUGAUACUGUUCCACAGUAGCAGUUAGAAUCCUCGUUUUAGAGUGGUGGCCUGAUGGCUUCUGCCUCUAGCAGUGUCACAUUGUGAGGGUGACUGACUUGUGGGGUUUCCCCAUGUUUGUGGGAAAAGUCUCUUAUUAUUAGUCUAUUAGAAUAGCUUUGUGAUGCUGACACAGGGCCUGAUCCAAAGCCCAUUGACAUCGCUAGAAAAGACUUCCAUUGACUUUACUGGACUUUGGAUAAGGCCAUCACUGAGUGACUACAGAACCUUUGAAGAGAGAAUGUGUUCUGCUGGUGGUUAUAAUGGAAUGAGAAUUGGGACCCUUGGGUUCUAUUCCUGGUUGUGCAACUGAUUUGCUCUGUGGGAUUGGAAAAAUCACUUACCCUCUAUGUGCUGCAGUUCCUCAUCUGUUUAAAAAAAAAAAAAAAAAAAAAGG